AUAAUAAAAGUGUUGAAGUUUCUUUUUCUCUUCGGCCUCUUUCUCUACUCCCGUCCCCUCCUCCCCCAAAAUCGAAGACGCGCAUCGGGGGAGAGAGAGAGAGAGAGAGAGAGAUAGAGAGAGAAAUAUCGAAACCCUAGCGCCCUAAUCCGCCAUGGCCAAUAGCAACCUCCCUCGCCGCAUCAUCAAGGAGACGCAGCGCCUCCUCAGCGAGCCAGCGCCGGGGAUCAGUGCGUAUCCUUCGGAAGAGAACAUGCGCUACUUCAAUGUGAUGAUUCUAGGGCCGUCUCAGUCGCCUUAUGAAGGAGGGGUUUUCAAGCUUGAAUUAUUCUUGCCUGAGGAAUAUCCAAUGGCUGCGCCCAAGGUUCGUUUCCUCACCAAAAUUUACCAUCCCAACAUUGACAAGCUUGGAAGAAUAUGCCUUGAUAUUUUAAAGGACAAAUGGAGUCCUGCACUACAGAUCCGCACAGUUCUUUUGAGUAUUCAAGCACUUCUCAGUGCUCCAAACCCAGAUGACCCGCUGUCUGAUAACAUCGCAAAGCACUGGAAGGCAAAUGAAGCGGAGGCCGUAGAGACUGCGAAGGAAUGGACACGCCUAUACGCCAGCGAGGGUUGAUAAACCAGCGGCAGCAUUCUUAUUUCACUAUGGGAGUGUAUUCAACCAUCACUUGGUAAGAUUGAAAUGCAAGUGUUUAAUGUAAAACUGUUUACAAGUGUAUCGUCGUGAGUUGCCGUGUUGUAUUUUAUGUUGUAUAUUACUUGUUGGGUAUUUCAUACAUCUCCUGAUAUCUGUAGUUUUAAGUUGCCCUUUCUUCGAUCUCUUUUGCGUAAACGACUUUGCAGUGUCUUAAUGUUAUAGGGGCAAGUUAACUUCCUUUAUAAACGGAGGUGGUGUUUGCCAUGGAUGACAUUUGGAUUGUUGUAUUGUAGUGUUUCUGUUUUAAUGUAAAAUCCAUCUUAUUUCAAA